AUGAACAAAUUAAUUGAAAAAAAAGAAAGCAAAUCUCUUGAUUUCUGUGUUGUAUUGAAAAACUUGGAGUACCUAAAAGAUCACUUGGUUAUUUUGGAAAAGAAAAUAAACAGAAAAAAAAUUAAGAUUGAUGAUGACCUAGAAAAAACGAUACUAAUUUGUAAUUCAGAUUAAGAAGAUUGA